CAAAAGGCUUUAGUUUUGUGGCUAAGAAAAAACUCAUCAUUUAUUAUUCACAAAUUGCCAUUUUUGCCUCUCUACUUUAUCUUGGGUUCUGUUGUGAUUUACACGGGGAGUGGCUUAUGGGGAGGCUGUCUUUCUGUUCUCCUUGAUUUGUAUCCAAUUUGUUCAUGUGGGUUUAUUGAAUUACAGACUAUACAUAAUUAAAAACUUGAUCUUGAUGAUUCUUGACCAAAUAUUUUAACUAGAUUUUCCUCAUCACUGAUAUAUUCUGGUAGAUUCCUUAGAUUUUCAGUGCAAUUUUCAUACAGAUUUGGGUGUUGGUUGGGUAGUUGAUGUCUGAUUCAUCGAUAGUGUUAAAACAUAUUUGUUUAUGUGAUACUUGUUGUCUACGGUUUUGUUGGCUUAAUUAAAGUGAUACCCAGAUGCUGUUUAAGCAUGAUAGCAUAGAAUAGCAUAUGUUGGGGUUUGCGAAUUGAAGCUUUAAAAAAAGGGGUUUUAAAAGAGGAGAAAACACAGAGAUGGGGCUGUGAUUUGGAGUCAGAUUUGGUAAUUUUUUAGUGUUUUGAAGUCUGUUGGCUAUGUCUCCACAGCUGACUUGCUGACCCGGGCUCCGUGGGCUUUGCCGCCGACCAAGGAAACAGCCACUUUCUUGGCCUUUUUUCCCAUUUAAAACACUCUUUUUCUUCUUAAAAUACUUCAUAAACGCAUCUCUCUCUCUCUCUUACUAAGCUUCUGCCUUGGUUUUUUCUUUGAAAUCCUGUUUUUCUCUGUUUUGUGGCUUUAUGAAAGGUUGUUCAUCGUGUUCUUGGUGCUUGUUUGAAGUUGUGAGGUGAUUUUUGCUGUAAUUUUGUUGUUGGGUUUAAGAUUUUAAGCUCAUUGCUUGUUUGUGAAGAUGAAGUUCAUGAAACUUGGAUCAAAACCUGAUUCCUUUCAGACUGAUGGGAACAAUGUUAGGUAUGUUGUAAGUGAAUUAGCUAAAGAUAUCACUGUUAUCGUUGGGGAUGUCAAGUUUUACCUCCACAAGUUUCCCCUUCUGUCAAAGAGUGCUCACUUACAGAAGCUGGUCACAGCCGCCGCUGGGGAGCCGAACGAUGAAGUAUAUAUUCCCGAGAUCCCGGGCGGUUCUGCAGCAUUUGAGAUAUGUGCCAAAUUUUGUUACGGCAUGACUGUUACUGUUAAUGCCUAUAACGUAGUUGCAGCUCGUUGUGCUGCCGAAUACCUCGGAAUGCACGAGACAAUCGAAAAGGGAAACCUCGCCUACAAAAUCGACAUUUUCCUUAGUUCGAGCAUCUUUCGUAGCUGGAAGGAUUCAAUCAUUGUUCUUCAGACAACAAAGGCAUUGAUGCCAUUAUCUGAGGAACUGAAGUUAGUAAGCAAUUGCCUAGAAUCUAUUGCAAUGAAGGCCUCCGCUGAUGUUUCUAAUGUUGACUGGUCUUAUACAUACAACCGAAACAAACUACUCGAGGAAAACGAUAACAAUCCCAACCGGAAUGGCGUGAGAAAUCGUAGCGUGCCGAAGGAUUGGUGGGUCGAGGAUCUUUGUGAGCUAGAAAUCGAUGUAUAUAUGCGUGUCAUAGCGAGUAUCAAAAGUAAAGGAAUCGUCCUUAAUGAUGUGAUUGGAGAAGCCUUGAAAGCUUACGCGUACCGAUACCUUCCUGGGUUUAGCAAAAGCGUGCUUCGAUGUGGGGAUCUGCUGAAGUAUCAAUCAGCAGUGGCAACAAUUGUCUGGAUGUUACCUUCUGAGAAAGGCAGUGUCUCGAGUAGCUUCUUGUCGAAAUUGCUGAAGGCUUCCAUUUUCUUAGCUUCUGGAGACGAGACCAAAGACGAGCUCGUUCGACUAAUGGGACAGCAGCUAGAAGAGGCUACAGUGAGUGAUCUUUUGCUACGAGCACCGGAUGGUGAAGCUACGACUUACGAUGUCGAUGCUGUGCAGAAAAUGGUGGAGAUAUUUCUUUUGCAAGAUCAUAAUACCGAGAUUGAGUCGCUUGAAGCGGGAAAUGAGCUCGAGGAGCCAAGAGGGGCAGGGAUUUUAUCAGAUGCUACUAAGUUGAUGGUGGCGAAAUUGAUUGAUGGUUACCUCGCUGAAAUUGCUAAGGAUCGUAACUUACCAUCAGUAAAGUUCAUUGAUCUCGCAGAAAUGGUAUCUGGCAUCGCUCGGCCUUCGCACGAUGGGCUCUAUCGAGCUAUAGACAUGUAUCUGAAGGAACAUCCAGGGAUCAGCAAGAGUGACAAGAAGAGAAUCUGCAAACUGAUAGACUGCAAGAAGCUAUCUGCUGAUGCCUGCAUUCAUGCAGUACAAAACGAACGGCUACCUCUACGUAUGGUUGUGCAGGUAUUAUUUUUCGAGCAAGUCAGGGCGUCGGCGUCAUCAGGCAGCAGCACUCCCGACCUACCUAAAGGGAUCAAGGAUCUAACGAGCGGGUCACACGGCAGCUCAAGAUCAGCCACGACGAACCCAGAGGAAGACUGGGAUGCAGUAGCCAUGGCUGAGGAGCUGAAGGCCCUCAAAGGGGAGCUGGCUUCCUUAAGGGUUGCUAAUGGUAGAGGAGGUAGUGAGAGGAAUGGAGUUGGUAAAAAUGGUAUUGACAAAGCAGCUCUUAGUAAAAUGAAGGGCAUGCUGCAGUCAAAGAAGCUUUUCACUAAGCUAUGGUCAAGUAAAGGAGGAGGAUAUGGCGAAAACAGCAGCUCGGAUUCGUCGGAGAGCCUCGGGUCUACUAAUCAGGAGGAAGCGAAGUCAACGCCUUCGAGGAACAGAAGGUAUUCAGUUUCUUAGAAGUUCCAUUUUUGGUGGUUUAGAUCAAAACAGGUCUGUGUUUUAGAUGAGUGACCCUUAGUAGCUAAAAUGAGCAAGAACGAAGUAUAUAUAUAUAUAGGUUAAGAGUCCGUAGUAGCAAUAGUGUAUAUCAAUUAUUACUAUUUAAGGGCAGACCCCACCAAAACAAAACCAGAAAAAAAAAAAAGAUAAAUUUCAAACAUCAAAUGUCUUUGUUAUUUUGUUGCUUGUAUGGUGAAAUCCCAUCGAAGAUGGAUGAGAAUCGUUAUCUAAUAAUAAACGUUGUCUUUGUAUUCA